AUGCCGUACCACACUGUAUAUGCCAAGUGGAAGUUAAUACAAGGUAUAACUUCUGUAGACUCUCCCUUCCAGCAGUAUAAACCAAAUGUAGACCACACCUAUGGGGAAACUGCCAAAACCUGCCGUUUUAGUUUCUGGUACUGGUGGUCGGGUCCAGAGUCGGGGUCACUCCAUGUGUUAGUCAAGCCAUCUGUAGGAAAUACUUAUGAAGCCUGGAUGGUGGAUGGCAAUCUUGGCAAUCAGUGGCAACUGGCAGAGGUUGGCCUAGGUGAACUAAGUAUGGUGUUCAUUAGUCUCCAGGCUCACCGAGGCAUAAGAUAUGAGGGUGGUGGUGCUGUUGACGAUCUCAGUUUUAUUGAGUGUGCCACUCCAGGUUUUCCCCCUAAUGGACUGACAUGUAAGGACUUAGGGCAAUACCAGUGCAGCAGUGGUGCCUGUGUUACUAACAGUAGUGUAUGUGACUACUCUGAUGACUGUCUUGACUAUUCUGAUGAGGCUGCAAGGGUUCCUGGGGGUUUCUUAUGUGUGCCGCUGCCCCUUUUGGGUAUGGAUUGA